AGAAUCAAUAUUGCUAACGCCUAACACGCAUGUAGUUAUCACCGACAUGUUUCCCUUGAUACUACUAACUACUUAUAGUUAUACUACUUUGCCCAACUAAUCACUAUGAACCAGCUUACUCAAUGUUAAGAUCUUCUCCCGAUCGUAUUUCAGGGUUUGUAGCAGUCGAACAAUUAUCAAUCUCAAGUAGUUUUCCCCGUUUUUUCGUUCAUCUCAUUUCAUUUCUUUCCUCCAUAUAAUCAGACAAUUUAAAUUUGUUGAAUUAUGUGAUUGUGAACGGUUCGCUGAUAAAUUGAUGUCCAUUGUCCUUAUGAAAAAUAAGGACAAUGGACAUCACAGUCACUUUUAAUUAAAUAGUUUAACAUGAUGUUUUUAACAACUUUACUUUAACAACCUGAGUAGAAAGAGCCACAUUUCUGCGUCUUCUUAACAUGCCACAAAGAUGAUAACAUGAAACUGGUUGAUUUGUUUCUUUUCUUCGUUACUUUGCCAAAUGUUGCCGUCAUGUCCUCCCAAAAUGAGAAGCAGGUAAUAAUUACUUUAUAAAAUAUGAUCACUGUGAUUUCAUGUUCAGUGUGUGUUACAUUUUAAUCGGCUGCAGAGUGCAGGGUUACCGAAUAGUUCGGAAAAUAUUUGGAUUUGGAGUUCGGUAUAUACGGUUCGGCCUUAUAAUUAGCGAUUUGAUUGACUGAAUAAAAUUAAAUAUAUUCGGUCGAUUCGUUCGAUUCAGUUUCACUGAAUAUUCAGUGAUUCGGUCGCGACCGAAUAUAUUUGGUCGACCGAUCUUUCAAUGAUGAAUAUUUGUUGAUGCAAGAUACAAAAUUAAUUUGAAAGAAAUAUAAAAACAAUUCAGAUCACGUUAGCUAUCUUGCGACCAAAACCUGACAAACAAAACAACUUCGACUCUAAAAUGGGUGGUGGAGCAAUAAUAGCGAUAGACGCAGUGAACAGCCUCCACCCUCUAGCUGACGGUUACACUCUCAAUCCUACCUGGUAUAUGCCGGGCUGUAAUGACGCCGAGUCCUUGAAAGCAGUUGUGAAGGCUAGUUUAGCAAGUACGCACGGGUUCAUAGGUCCAGAAUGUUCCAAAUCUGUGGAAAGUAUCGCCCUGCUGGCACGUGGCUGGAACACAGCACUGGUGAGCUACGGAGCUUCCACCCCGACUGUCUCUAAUCACGAGAUCUAUCAGACGUUUGCCAGGUCUAUACCACCCUAUAACUUCAUGGGGGAGGCUAUAGCUCAGCUCCUUUUAUACUACAACUGGGACAAGCACAUUUGUAUCCUGACCUCUGUGGAGGACAUCUGGUUACGAACAGCGGACAAGUUUAUAAGUUCUAUGGAGAGGGCUGGUAUCCAGGACAUCCAGCAACAGUACAUCUUCCCUUCAGAUCUGAGCAAAGCUACAGCUGAGAGCAGGAUCAAGGAGAUACUAGAGGGACUUCACGACUUGGCUAGAGUAGUUGUAUUGCUGACAUACGAUGAUGCGAAGGUUCUGAGUUACGCCUUCAAGUUGGGGAUGCUGACUGGAGACUACGUGUUUAUAGUUGUGGAGGGUAGUGCUGACUAUCUCCAGACAAACCUGUCUGGUGAGGACACUUCCCAGGUGCUUACAGGUCUCUUUUCUGUAACAUACAGACCCCUAGACAACACCAGCGACAUGUACAGAAGGUUUAAAGAGGAUCUGAUAGAAGUUGCAGAUCGUCUUAAUUCUGAGGAGGAGGACAAACGGCUACCACCAGCUGACGACCCAGUGGAGAUUAUAUAUGAAGCGUUUAUCCACGACGCUGUGAUGUUGUUUGCAGUCGGUCUCAACAAUACCAUAAAAGAGAAGAAAUUUAAAAAGAAUGUCAUCGAAGGAUUUGGCAAGGAUAUCAGAGACAAAAUAAGUGAGCUUGUCAUUGAAGGAGUUAGCGGCUCUCUGAACAUGAGUGGAGGAGACAGACGAUCAGACUUCUUGAUACAGAAUUACCAGGGCAACCAGUUCAAUAACGUCUUUCUGUACACCCAGGCGAACAACGCGCUUAAGAAGACUAGAUCAGUGGUGUUCCCUGGAGGAAGCACAGUGUCUCCAGACAAGUGCGGGAGGAACGGUGAACUCUGCAAACUACUGGAUCAGAGAGAGAGAAUGGUUAUCAUCGUGUGUAGUGCUGUUAUCGCGUCUAUCUUCCUGGUUAUACUCAGUGCUAUGCUAGUCUGGAAGAUUCAGCACCGAACUAAGGUGUAUCGGCGAAUGUGGGAGAUUAAACUAACAGACGUUGUAUUCUAUAACGAGUCUGCAGCUGGUGGAAAGGGUGGUCAAGGAUUGUCUGCACUGUCACUCCCCUCUAUAUCAUCCUUCUAUACUGGUAACACUGCCAACUUUUCUAACAGAGCUCACAUCAAGAACAAAACAGUUUAUUUAAAGAGAACGAAAAAGCAGUUUCUAACCCUAAACGAUAGAAUAUUGCAAGAAUGCCAACAGGUGUGGGAGGCCAGGCAUGCUAAUAUAGCUGAGUUUAUCGGAGUAUGUAUAACUCCAGAGAACAUCUUCAUUGCCACAGCUUUCUGCUCUAAAAGAAGUCUCCAGGACCUUCUGAGCGAUGACAGGGUUAAACUGGAUCUGAUGUUCAAGAUGGCGCUAUCUACUGACUUAGUCAAAGGAUUGAUGUACAUUCACCGGUCAGCCAUCGAAUAUCACGGCAAUUUAACCUCGUCAAACUGCUUAGUGGAUGAUCACUGGACCCUCAAGUUAACUGACUUUGGGAUGAGGUGCCUCAGACGAACUCUCGGGGACAAUGUUCUCAAAUCCGGCAGAGCCUUGACCGAAGCGGAACUGUGGCGAGCUCCAGAGUUCCUGUACACGGCAAAACACACAGGGAGUCAGGCUGGAGACGUGUACAGUGUUGGGAUCAUACUGCAGGAGAUCAUCUGCGAGGACUGCCCUUAUCCUAACUGUCACUAUACUACUGAGGAAAUCUUGGAGAAAGUACCAGUAGGCUUCCGACCAAAGAUCGCUCACGACCACGCUUCCAACGAUUUUAUAGACGUUAUAGAAAGGUGUUGGGAGGGAGAUCCAGGCAGAAGAAUUGGUUUACCAGAGAUAAAAAACAUUCUCUACGAUCUUAAUCCCGAUAGGAGGAUUUCGUUGACAGACAGGAUGCUGAAGAUGAUGAACAAGUACACAAAUCAGCUGGAAGUCCUGGUUGAAGAGAGAACUCUGCAACUAGCUGACGAGAAAGACAGAGCCGACCAACUUCUCUAUUCCAUGUUACCAAGGGCUGUCGCGGAAAAGCUAAAAGUGGGGGAACAUGUUCCGGCCGAAGCGUUUGAGAAGGCCAGCAUCUACUUUAGCGAUAUAGUGGGGUUCACUGACAUGUCCCGAGCUAGCACCCCCUUCCAAGUGGUAGACUUCCUCAACGAUCUUUAUACAGUGUUUGAUGACUUAAUCGGGAAAUUCGAUUGUUACAAGGUCGAGACUAUUGGGGACGCAUACAUGGUGGUCUCAGGCAUUCCACAGAGGAACGAAGAGAGACAUUGUCACGAGAUAGCAGCCAUGUCCCUCCAGUUCCUGGAUAGUAUCAACAGUUUCACUGUUAGACACCGUCCCGCUGAUAAACUAAAGCUUAGGAUCGGGCUGCACACUGGUCCAUGUGCAGCAGGUGUGGUAGGAUUGAAGAUGCCCCGCUACUGUUUGUUCGGGGACACCGUCAACACCGCCAGCAGGAUGGAAUCUACUGGACUCCCCUCCAUGAUCCACACUUCCGCCUCCUUCUACCAGCACUUGCAGGACCAAGGCAACUUCCUCUUUGAAGAUAGGGGCGAGAUGCUUAUCAAGGGUAAAGGGAUGAUGAGGACGUACUUCCUGCUAGGUACUAAAACAACUCCCCAGCAGCCCACUAACCCAGCGUUACUGACCCCGCCCACUCGACCCCGGACUCUGGCUCCACUUCACCACAAACCAGCCGAGGUGCUGACUGUAGAGCACUCCCACAAUCCCACACUGGUCGUUACCCCAGUUAACACUGGUAAACAGACUGGUACUGUCAGUAUUAACAACACUGCUGGCACCCACCCAACACCAAUCUGUGCAUGAUAAACACCACCUGAGUGUAUACUGUGGCUAGAUUGUAGCAAGUACUAUUCAGAAACAACUAAGUCACUUCAAGUCACUUAAAUAUGGGUUAAUUCAGACUAAGAAUUAGACCAAUAAGCAACUGAGCUCCAUUUCUUCUAAACUGAUCUGCAAAUUUGUAAAGAAUCUGGUUCGGCCCCGAAAUGAGGUGUGUUUCAGUUCUGACCCAACAGUGGCGUUACGAAGUGCCUUGCUGACCAGGACUGUAGAAGUUUUGUUCUGAUGUUUUCAGGAUGGCAAUGGUAGAGAAGGAAAGUGUAGCCAGCAUACUUAUACGCAGUCUAAAGAAACAAUGACUGAAUGACCGAUAUUUAUUGAUAUAAUA